CAGCUAAAUGGCAAGAUCACUUGCAGAGUACCAGGUUGCAUAAACAGCAACUCAAGUUUGUUAUCGACUGCUUGCUGCUUGAGGUCCUCGAGCAAUAUAUUUACACCGCAUAUCUCACAACGAACUGGAUAUAAAAAAGGAAUUCAGGAUGUUCGGGUGCAUAUGUGCCGGAAGACUUGUUCAAACGAACCUUCAGCAGGUCAACGACACGAGCUUUGUCUUUUCGAUUGAAAGAGCAAACGAGAUUAAUCACUUGACCGUCUUCCUCCUGGGCACAGUACCGUUUCCAGAUGGAUAUGGAGCUUCUGUGCAUUUCCAAUUUCCGGGUAGGGAUUUUGUGACGCUCGGCACGCUGACAAACGACCGCCCUAGCUCGAUCUACCGUGUCAGGCCGUUUCAACCUCAACCUCAAGCGCAAGAUCCGUCCUUGAUGACGGCGACCUUGGGGAUUCAGAUCGUACCGCUCGAUCAAGUGCAGGCGAUUGCGGCCUCGCUGAAGACACCAGGGACAAUUGAUGCUGCGGGAUCCGGGUCGGCGUCCGGAACGGGGGCGACGAAUACCGCUGGAGCCUUAGUCAGGGCUGGGACGGGUGCUGGAAGUACGGACGUGGGAAGGAUUGCGGAAAAGAUCGUCAAGAAUUUGUUCAACUACCUACACUCGUUCGAAGGAGCGCCUCAAACGCUCACGCCGCAGACCCCGAUACCGCUGGGGGUCUUUCAGAAGUGGUACGAGGGCUUCUUGAACAAGAUCAAACAUGAUGGCGGGUCGGGCUUCCUCUCCCGGGAAGAUUGACUUGUGGGGCCAUAGUAGUAUGCCACGCCAAUUAUUCUAGAAGAAAUGACAAGUAACGAGCUAUAUCCAGGAGCAAACGCAUACCGAUUAUUUUGAUAAAGGGAAGAUCGGCGCCAAAGCGCCAAGGACGGGCGGACUUUGUGCGGUAUGCGUCGGGAGGUUUCUCUGUGUCCAUCCAAUAUGCCCGAACAAGACCCGGGGCUGCCACCUUGCUCACAGGCUUCCGAGAGUGAAAGCGUAUUCCACAUCCCGGUGCCUGGGACGGAGUCGGCGUCCGACACAACUCGCGUUCCCCGAUCCGCGAUCCGCGAGCCCGCGAGUCCUUGUUACAUGGCAGACGGCAGGAUGGUUUGAGAAAUAACGAUGGUGUCGUUUCUACAACUGCGUUGGGACGAUGAGCGCAUGAG